AUGGACGUGACCUCAAGCCUGCCCGGCAGCCCGGCCGGAGGAGGGCCUCUGCAGGCGGCCACGCCCGACCGCGUCAACCAGUGCCGCGAGUCCUUUGUGUCCGCGCUGCGCAACGAGGGCCGCGACAGCUCGGUACACGAUAAAAUCAGCCAGUUCAACAACCUCAGCGUCGCCAUGCAGUCGAAGCAGCUCGAGCGCCGGACAGCCGACGCGGCGCUCAAGCGGGCCAUGGUCGGGCGCGAGGAAGCCGAGGCGGAGAUUCGACGGCUUAAGGAGGAAAUGAGGCUGCUGCAAAAGGCGGUCCAGGAGGGCAAGGAGCGCGAGAGGCGAGUUGGCGAACGACUCGAAACGGUCAUGGAGAAUUACGGACGCGCCAAGGAGACGCACUCCCACACCCAGGCCCUCUGGGAAAAGGAGAUUCGCCGCGCGAGAAAGGAAAACUUCAAGACCCAAUCCAACGUCGUCAAGAUCCAAGAGGACCUCAAGUCGGCGAGGAGCGCCGUCAGGAUCCUUGAGGAGAACCUCGACCGAGAAAAGGAGCGCAGCCGAGCUCGCGAGCAGGAGGCAUUCACCGCGCGAUAUCAAAUCGUCGGCGUGCAGGAGCAGCUGGAGCAGGCGCUCGAGCGCAUCAAGCUGGUGGAGCAGGAACGCGAUGCCUUCAAGACGGCCGCCAAGAACGAGGAGGUGGCGCGCAUCGCCGCCGAGGGCCGCCUCCCUCUGCCCAAGACUGAGGACCCGACCGACGAGUUUGCCUCACCGAAAAAGUCGACAAUCAAAUACACGGCCGGCAAGGAGCCGCGCGUGUCCUUGUCCACCAUGGACAUUGUGUCAUCCGCUGCCAGCGAGAUCGAAAUCGAGGAGCUGACGACGCAAGUACUGUGGGAGCGGCAACGGGCGGAUCGGGCCCAGGAGAUGGUGGAGUUUCUGCAAGCAGAGUGCGAGAUGCACUGCUGCCCGUGCUCAAAGACUAAGAAGAGGCACGCGAGCUCUAGCCCGCCACAGAAGCGACGACGAGAAUCUGUCGAAAGCCCGGAGCCUCACGAGCACGCGCCCGAGGAGUGCGGCCGGCUGUCACCACAGGCUCUGCCGAGCCCUCCUCCACGAAUCGAGGUUCCUCCCCAGAUCGAGGAGCCCGAGCCCGAACCGCGCCGGGUCAAGUCCAAGAAGGAGCCGCGACGCAGCACCAUCUUUUGCCCGCGGGAAGGCAUCUUCCGCACCGUCUCGGAGCAAGAGGCUGAGGCCAUGGAAGCAGAGAAGCUGGAACGGGAGGAGGAGCCCGCGCCGCGAGAGCCCGAUGCCCACUCCCUCGACCCGAUGGACGUCGAGACGAACCCCCGCAUGUACGCAAGAACUCCCUCCGUCGACCCUCCAACCUUUGCCCUCCUGUCGCAGGACCGGACGUCCCUCCAGUCGCUCCUGAACGCCCCGCACAGCGGCGGCGGUGACUCCACCCAUACCGACUCUCUCCCUAGCAUCCGCAGCGUGCCCGUCGUCGAGGAGGACGACGAGCCCGCCCCGACAGCACCACUAGACCACCACAUCUCACAAAGGGAAUCUCCAGAGCCUAGGCCGCACACGUCUGCGACCAUCUACACCGUGACGACGCAGGUGCCCGUCCGCGACGAAAAUGCCAGCUCCACGUCGUCCUUCUCGGAGAGGCUGCGCACCCCCUCGGGCGCCAGCAAUGCCAGCAGCUUCGACCACACGAACCCGGCGCUCACGCCCACCAUGACGAGGGAGCAGGCGCUCGCAAAGAUCCGCGAGCGCAGGGGCCGCGUGAGGAGCGCCGCCCAGGCCGCGGUGGCUCCUUCGCGCAAGGGCUCCAAGGGAACGGACAGGAGGGACGUCAGCGCGCCGACCGCUAAGACCGCCGGCCGCGUGCGAUCCUGA